GGAGGCUUGAAGCUGGAACUCAACUGCGACGUAUAGUUGCGAGCUCGCUGCCUUGUUGGAAGAGAAAGUAGAUUCUAGUCGCUCGCCAAUGAAAUCAGUUUCUCAUGGUUUCAGCUUCAAUUCCCACCAAAUACAACCGUUGGGCUCACAUGGAGGAUUUCAAAAUCCCCGCCUUUCUCUCCCCCUCAACCCUCCAAGCCUCCGAGUGUCUCGCAAAAACAGAACCCCUCCAAAUCCAAGGAGAUUGAGUUUGUGGGUAUCUACUGCGAGAGCGCAACAGAAACAUCAUCUCUCCAACACUCAGAACAAUGCGACACAAGACGAAGGCAUCCCCGUCGAUCUCUGCAAGGUUCUGGUGAAGUUCAAAUCCAGAUACAACUACAUCAGAGUGCUUGAAGUUUCUAGGAAGGUCGACCAUCCAUUUGCAGGGUCCAGGCUCCUCUUACUCGACAGUCCAGGAAAUAUACACAGCGUAUCCUUCCUCUACAAGUGUUUCACAAACACUUACUUCGACGUCUUCGCUACAUUCCCACCAAUUCUGCCUUCGGGGCCUUUGGGGAUACUAGGUUUUGGUGCAGGCUCUGCCGCCCGUUUGAUCUUGGAGCUGUACCAGCAAGUGGAGAUUCACGGCUGGGAGCUUGACCCUUCUGUAAUUUCAGUGGCCAGAGAGUAUUUCGGGCUCUCCAAGCUCGAGAAACAGAACCCAGAUAAGCUCUUCAUCUAUGUCGGAGAUGCAUUAAAAGCCAGUCACAGAGAUGGGUUCUCUGGCAUUUUGGUCGAUUUGUUCAGUAAGGGUUGUCUGGUGCCAGAGCUUCAGGAACCGAGUACAUGGGAGAAACUGAAGAGUAGUUUGAGGAAAGGGGGAAGGAUUAUGGUGAACGUUGGUGGGAGUUGUGUGGAGGCCGAGGAUCAACUCAGGGAUGGGAAAUUGGUUAUGGAAGAGUCUCUAAAAGCAAUGCACCAAGUCUUCCCAGGCCAACUGUUUGUUUUGAACCUUGGAAAUCGGAAGGAAGACAGCUCCAUUGCUCUAACUGGUGAAUUACCCGAUCUCAAUGCGUGGAAGCAAAAGCUACCGAAAUCUCUUAAGUUUUAUGUGGAUAUGUGGACUCCUUUUCAUGGAUAAUUUGACUGUUUAGCUUCUUUUAAUUUCAUGGUGAUAUUGAAAUCAAUC